GAGGCUAAAAAAAGAGCGGUGCAGCCCCGCCCACUCCCGCCAGGCUCAAGAUGGCGGCGCUGAGGGCGGCGGGGGCGGCUUUGCUGCGGCCCGGGCGGGGGGAGGCGGCCGUCAGGUUGGGUUACCACAAGAAGGUGGUGGAUCACUACGAAAACCCGCGCAACGUCGGUUCCCUCGACCGCAACGCCAAGAACGUGGGUACCGGCCUGGUGGGCGCCCCGGCCUGCGGCGACGUCAUGAAGCUGCAGGUGGAAGUGGAUGAGAACGGGAGGAUUGUUGAUGCCCGUUUCAAAACCUUCGGCUGCGGAUCAGCAAUCGCAUCAAGUUCGCUGGCGACGGAGUGGGUCAAAGGGAAAACGGUUGACGAAGCGUUGAAAAUCAAGAACACUGAUAUCGCUAAAGAACUCUGCCUUCCUCCAGUCAAACUGCACUGCUCUAUGCUGGCUGAAGACGCAAUCAAGGCUGCCUUGGCUGAUUACAAGUUGAAGCAGGAUCCAAACAAAGAAGAGUCAGAGAAGAAAGCAAACAAUGCCUAAAGUGACUGUAAAGCUUGUUCUCAUUCCACUUAAACUUGCAGUGCAAUUAUUCUAGCUAUUAGUAGGAUCCUGCACACUACUAAAUGAAGCUGUAAGAUACGCACAACUUGCGCACAACAUGUCACUGUUCAUGUGUGUACAGCCACUCUUGUAGUGCUUACAUGACUGGGAUGUGGGUAUUUCGGCAGCCUGUGUCCUGUCAUGACUGUGUUUGAAAUGUUUGAGUGAAGAAGACUGCUUAACUGCAGAGAACUCGGUGACUUCUCUCUGGGGAGAAAAUCCUGCUGUUCGGUCCUGGAAGGGCUGCACUUUUUUUGGAAGAUGUAUAGUUUUGCCUAAUAUUUUACAGAAUUUAGUGGGAAACAUUGCCUUGGUCUUAAUGUUUAUGUAGGAACUGCAGAUCAGUCUGUGUAACGAUGCAGUAUACAAAUGUGGGGCAGCACAUCUGCCCGCAAACUUCA